AUGGAGAUUAAUCUUGCAGCAUUCAGAGAUAUGGCGAAUUUAGAUCUUAAAUCUGAUUCUCCUCUAGACCUAGAUAAUUGUCAGAGUGACUGUGAGGGACUUAAAUCUGAUUCUCCUCUAGACCUAGAUAACUGUCAAAGUGACUGUGAGGGACUUAAAUCUGAUUCUCCUCUAGACCUAGAUAACUGUCAAAGUGACUGUGAGGGACUUAAAUCUGAUUCUCCUCUAGACCUAGAUAAUUGUCAGAGUGACUGUGAGGGACUUAAAUCUGAUUCUCCUCUAGACCUAGAUAACUGUCAAAGUGACUGUGAGGGACUUAAAUCUGAUUCUCCUCUAGACCUAGAUAACUGUCAAAGUGACUGUGAGGGACUUAAAUCUGAUUCUCCUCUAGACCUAGAUAAUUGUCAGAGUGACUGUGAGGGACUUAAAUCUGAUUCUCCUCUAGACCUAGAUAACUGUCAAAGUGACUGUGAGGGACUUAAAUCUGAUUCUCCUCUAGACCUAGAUAACUGUCAAAGUGACUGUGAGGGACUUAAAUCUGAUUCUCCUCUAGACCUAGAUAACUGUCAAAGUGACUGUGAGGGACUUAAAUCUGAUUCUCCUCUAGACCUAGAUAACUGUCAAAGUGACUGUGAGGGACUUAAAUCUGAUUCUCCUCUAGACCUAGAUAACUGUCAAAGUGACUGUGAGGGACUUAAAUCUGAUUCUCCUCUAGACCUAGAUAACUGUCAAAGUGACUGUGAGGGACUUAAAUCUGAUUCUCCUCUAGACCUAGAUAACUGUCAGAGUGACUGUGAGGGACUUAAAUCUGAUUCUCCUCUAGACCUAGAUAACUGUCAAAGUGACUGCAGACGCCACGUUGAGACAGGGACGAGUGUCCAGGGGAUAUACGAACAUGAAAGUGUCGGAGUGACACAAGCCAAGAAAACGACAUUCAUAAAAACCAGUGAUAGCAGUCCAAGUCAGCCACCAAAGACACUGGAAGACAAAUUCUGCAACUACAUUCACACACCCUCGUUCCGUGACCUGCGCGUGAUUAAAGGCCCAGACCUUGAGAUCUGGGAAAACUGA